UGUGAAUGAAGGGAGCGGCGGAAAAGAGGACAGAAAGCAAACUUUAAAAAGGACCUCAUUUUCCUACGUCUUGCGUGGAGGGGGUAAACAGAGAUUAGAUUCCACGGUGCAGUGAACGACGCAUGACCCGCAUGAACCCACGAGCAUGAUGAAAACACCUCCAAGAUGAUCAAGCCUCUUCAGGCUUGAACCCUCAAGCGGAAGGGAGAGGAGCACAGAAGCUGCUGUGGUCCAAUGAUGAUGUGCCUCCUGUGUCUCCUCGUGGUCGUCGUCCAAGGGGAGCCCUGCCUCAUCAUCAGCGAGAUCAACGCAGACAACCCAAGACUGGACACCACCGAGUUUGUGGAGCUCUAUCACACCAGUGGACAGCGGUCCUCUUUGGAUGGCUACACCCUGGUCUUCUAUAAUGGGAAUGGGAAUGUUGCCUAUAAAGUGUUGGACCUCAAAGGCCAGAGUACAGAUGAUAGAGGGUUCUUUCUCGUUGGCUCUGUGGACAUGAUGCCCAAACCUGCCAUCCUCCUGCCUCCAAACACAGUCCAGAAUGGUCCGGAUGCUAUUGUGCUCUACCACACAUCGGCAGCACGAUACAGCGAGAAGAUGAAUGUCACAUCUAUCGGUUUGGUGGACGCUGUUGUUUAUAUGACACGCAAAACCGGCGGUGCAGAGGUCCUUGCAGAGAACCUGACACCAGGGGAGCCGGCCUUUGUUGAGGAUGAAACCACCCUCGAAGGGGAUGAGUCCAUCGAGAGGUGCCUGUUGUCGGAGGAUCGUUGGGGCUUCCGGGUGUCCUCGCCCUCCCCUGGACAGAGGAAUAACUGUACCCCCCCUGCUGCCUCAGCAACCAUGCCUGUCAUCACUGAGCUGAAGCUGGGUGGAGGUCAGGUGGACGGCUUUGUGGAGCUCACAGAAGCCUCAGAGGCCGGUCCUCUUGUUCUGGUGGUGUUGGAUGGGAGAACAGACAAGGUGAGCAUCAGUUUAAAUGUGGACCCCGCCAGGAAUGGACUCAUCUCCAUGAUUGUUGACAAGAAGUAUAUGAAAGGUGAUGAGUCCGGGGCAGUGGCCAUAUACAGUGGCAGGAGCACAGAGUUCCCUGUGGGCAGCCCUCUAAGUCAGAUCCAGCCUCUGGACUCGUUUGUUUUUGCCGGUCCUGGAAAUAAACCAAGUGCCAACCUCACAGAGACCCUCAUCCCAGGCAGGCAGCCUUAUCAGCUCAGCAACAGUUUGAAAGAGGGAGGCUUCUAUCUCAGUCGUUGUGGUGUGGCCACAUGGACCAGAGAUCCUGGUGUCUUUUGGGAGGCCCCGCAAACCCCAGGGCUGCCCAACCAGUGCCCCUGGCCAAAAAUCUGCCCUCACAGCAUGGUUCCAGGAGGAGGUGUAGAUGCAUCCCCACACCACCCACCUUGGGGCAACAGCGACUUCCUCAUUAAUGAGCUCAAUACGGAUACGCCCGGCGCCGCUGAGGAUGGCGAGUAUAUCGAGCUGUGGCACCCCUCAGGACGCCGCGUCUCCCUGCAGGGCAUCUGGAUACUCCUUUUCAGCGCCCACAACAACAAACCCUACAGGGAGAUCAGCCUCAGCGGACACUUCACCACCGCUAAGGGCUACUUCCUGUUGGGCAGUGACAGACUGGUGCCGGCACCCUCUCUCCGCCUUCCUCCCAAUACCAUCCAGAACGGGCCAGAUGCGGUGGCGCUCUAUCGCAGCCCCUUUGGUCCGCCGUCGGCACAACAAAGGGGAAUCCCCACCAAAGGGCUCCUGGAUGCUGUUGUUUACCGACAGAGGGGAUCAGAUAAGGAGGCAAAAGAGUUGAGUAAAGCGCUGACACCAGGACAGCUGCCCCUGCUGGAGGAUCCGGAGGUUCUGCCUGAUGAUGAGGCGCUCAGCCGCUGCAGAGGCCUUUACCCCUAUGACCUGUCUGCAUUUUCUGUAGCUCCACCCACUCCGCUGAGGGAGAACAGCUGUCCCCGCCCCCCUCCACCUCCAGAGGGCGUGGUCAUCAGUGAGGUGGCUAGUGGCCUCUGGACCAAUCACAGCCAGCAGAGGGCCUUUGUGGAGCUGCACGGGCCCCCGAUGAUGGGGCUGCGUGGCCUGGUGCUGGUAGUGUUUGACCAGGAGCGCGGCAUCAUGGCUCUUCCUCUGACCGGAUCUGUCGACCAAGAUGGAUUUUACAUGGUGGGGAACAUCCCAGGCGCAGAUCAGACUUUCCCAGAAGGCAGUACAGUGCCAGCAAGAGGGGCGGUGGUUCUGUGCUACGACCUCUUCAGCGUGUGCAGAGCUGGCACCGCUUUGACCAACUCCAGCCUGCGAGACCAGUUGGUGUUCAGUGAGAACCAGGUGCUGCUCUCCUCCCUCUCCUCCAAUAGAGGGAGCCAGGUUAUACCAGCGCUCAGGUCAGUCGAAGACGGUCUGGUCUCCCUCAGUCGUUGUGCGUGCUGUGAGGCAAGGAGCGCCUCUUCUUGGACGACGUCUUCUCCGACGCCUCGCCGCGGCAACAUCUGCCCCAGCUCUGCCUUCUCCAGUCAGAUCGAUGUUUGUCUUGGGCCGCUGUCCAGCGACUGGCCAAUGGUGGAGUUGAGAGACUGCAGUGGGCUCAUUCAUGGGAGGAGGGUGGCACAGGUGGCUGACUAUUUGGAGCAGAAGUGUCUCUGUGGAAUUACUGCUUUGUCUCUUCAAGGGGCCAAUUUCUCAUGCGUGUCUGGCUGGUUGCGAGUGUGGGGCAACAUCCGGGCCUUGUCGGACCAUCAGAGGGCCCUCAUCAUCCAAACACCCCCUAUGAACCUCUCACACGUCCAGACGGACGUUUGCUCUGCCCCCACAACAGACCGCCGCACGAGCACAGGUUCGGCCCUGGGUUUACAGAUUGGGCUUAUAGUAGCUGUACUCCUGCUACUAGCACUUGGAGCUGCUCUACUCGCAUAUUUCUACAAAAGGAGGCGUCCUUUGGACUAUUACACCAUGGAGCUGAGCGAGCAUGCUGAGGGACUAUCAGAGCUAUAAUCCAGGAAGAAGAAGAGCUUCUGGAGGUGAUGAGUGGGUUAUCAGAAGGUCUGUGUGUGUGUGUGCGUGCGUGUGCGUGUCUGUGCGUGUGUGUUUAUGCGUGAUGAUGAAAACGAUGACAUGAGAGCAUAUUUUUCUAAAGGUGACUGUGUUAUUGUUGUGUGAACAGUGCUGGUUACUACUUUGAAGUGGGGUCUAAGAGGAGGGAGGCGGGUGAAUUUGAAUACUUCAGAGUAAUGCUCAUUUUUCUUCAUGUGGGAGAAAAUGAGCAGAUAGCAAGAAUUUGCAUUUAAUGUUCUGAUCUUCCUUGCGUUCUUACCUGGUGUUACAUCCAACAGGAGGAAGGAGUCUUCUUCUUUUCAGAAAUGUGGAAUGUGACUGUUUAAAGAUGAUUUGUAACCACUUUUACAAUGUGACGUGAUGCAACCCGUUUACAUGUUCUUGAAAUAGAAAAGGGAUGCGAUGUGGUUUUUUCUCUGAUGGAGGUAACUGGCUUAGUGUCGGGGAUAUUUGUGUGUCUGUUUUGUGUUGCUACUGCCUCAGAAAUGGCCACUGUGCCUUUUUUUUUUUAGCUGAGCCCUCAUUUGCUGAGGGACCAGCUGGUGCAGCCAUACUGCAAGAAUUCUGAUGUGAUUUUCUACAUUCUGUACAUCCAAUCCAAUUAUAUACAGAGGACUAUGAGUGCCACAUUAACAAGAAAAAAACAAUACACUAGGUCCCCAACUUACGAACACCCGACUAGCGAACACUCGCGGAUACGAACACAAGCCGAUUGGUCUAUAUUUUAUUUUAUUUUGCCUUGUUGUCGCUCAAUCAGUAUUUAUACUGCUACUGUACAUGCUUGACCAGUAGAGGGCACUGUGACACUGCUAAUGAGACCAACAGAGGCAGACUUAGAGCUAAUGAGACCAACAGAGGAAGAGUUAGACCCAGGGGAGAUAAAGCUAAAUGGAAAGCUAAAUUAUACAACCCGGACAGAGCGUGUGAUUAAAGUUUAUGAAGAGUUAAUAGGCCUGCUUAAUUCUACACCACCCACAGAACACUACCCCUUUUAGAAGAGUCUAACCACGACAACCAUUUGUCCUUUUUUUCAAUAACUCCUCCUCCAACUCCAGCACAACUAUGCUCGGCUACUCCUCUUCAAAGGUAAAUAACAUUUAUCAUUACAUAUUAUUAUAUCACUUUUAUUACUGUUAUUUUCAUUAAUUAUUCUCGUUUAAUAUUACUACUGCAUCCAAACUCAUAUUUACAUACAUACACAUAUACUGUAUAUGUAUACACGUACAUGUAGUACCUAUAUCAUUGGUAAUAUUACCUUUUCCCCUACUUAAGAACAAUUCAACAUAAGAACGGUCGUCUGGAACCAAUUGUGUUCGUUAGUUGGGGACUUAAUAAGCCGUAAAAUAAGCCGUAAAGUUAUGUGAAUACAUUCCUAAUAAAGUGUGAGUAUUAUGUAUUAUGUAAUAUAUUAUACUGAUGAGAAUAUGACAACCCAUCUAUCCAUUCCAUUUUCUACCACUUAUCUGGAUCCGGGUUGCGGGGCAGCAGUCUCAGUAGGGGAGCCCAGACUUCUCCGUCCCCGGCCACCUCCUCCAGCUCCACCGGGAGGACACCAAGGCGUUCCCAGGCCAGCUGUGAGACAUAAUUCCUCCAGCGUGUCCUAGGUCUGCCUCGGGGCCUUCUCCCGGCUGGGCAUGCUUGGAACACCUCACCAGGGAGGCCUACAGGACUAGAUGCAUGAGCCGCCUCAACUGGCUCCUCUCCAUGUGAAGGAGCAGCGACUCUAGUCUGAGUCCCUCCUGGUUGAUUGAGCUCCUCACCCUGUCUCUUAGGGUGAGUCCAGCCACCCUACGGAGGAAAGUCAUUUCAGCCGCUUGUAUCCGGGAUCUCGUUUUUUUGGUCACGACCCAAGCUCAUGACCAUAGGUGAGGGUGGGAACAUAGAUCGAACGGUGAAUUCAGAGCUUCACCACGACGGUCCGGAACAGCGACUGCAUUAAUGCAGACGACGCACUGAUCUGCCUCGAGAUACUUGAACUCCUCCACCUGGGGCAGGACCUCAUUCCCAACCCGGAGGGUGCAAUCCACUCUUUUCCGACGGAGAACCAAGGCCUCGGAUUUGGAGGUGCUGAGUCUCAUCCCAGAAGCUUCACACUCAGCUGCAAACUGUCCCUGGCCUGAUGAGGCCAUCAGCACCACAUCGUCUGCAAAUAGCAGAGACGAGAUCCUAAGGCCCCCGAACUGGUCUCCCUUGACACCUGUCCAUGAAAAUUAUAAAAGCACAUGUAGACUGGUUGGGAAAACUCCCAUGUACCCUACAGUACCCUUGCAAGGCUGUAGAGACCAGGAUGAAAACCACAUUGCACCUCCUUUAGCAGAUAUUCAACUAAUGGUCGUACCAUUCUCUCCAGCACCCUGAAAUAGACUUUUCCAGGAAGCUCAGGAGUGUGAUCCCCCAAUAGUUGGAACACACCCUUCGGUCAGCCUUAUUGAAAAAGGGGACCACCACCCUGGUCUGCCAAACCAGAUGUACUGUUCCCAACUUCCACGCAAUGUUGAAGAGACGUGUCAGCCAAGACCGACCCUCAACAUCCAAAGCGUUGAGGAAUUCAGGGUGAAACUGGUCCACCCCUGCAGUUCUGCCACUGGGGAGUGUUUUGACUACCCAAGAUACCUCAGCCACGGUGAUGGAACUGUCAGCAUUCAUGUCCUCAGACUCUGCUUCCUCUAUGGAAGGUAUGUCAGUGGGAUUGAGAAGGGCCUCAAAGUAUUCCUCCCACCGUCCGACUAUAUCUCCAACAGAGAAUUGGAACAAGGCCCAGCCCCUCUCAAGGAGUUUGGUUCCAGAAUCCAAAAUGUGGGUCGACAUGAGUCUCACUAUGUCUAGUCGGAAUGUCUCAAACUCUUGCACAAGUCUGGGCUCCUUUCCACCAGAGAAGUGACAUUCCAUGUCCCAAGAACCAGAUUUGGCCGUCGAAGACCAGUUCACCUUGGCGCCCGCCGUCGACCGCCACCCAAAACACAUUGCACCAGACCCUUAUGCUUGCCACCUCAGGUGGUGGGUCUACAAGGGUGGAGAUACCGUGUGGCUUCUUCGGGCUGGGCCCGGCCGGGCCCCAGGGGUGAAGGCAAAGUGUGGUCCCUCUUCUUGUUUUUGUUCAUACAGUCUUCUGAAAAGUUUGAGAAUAUAUACAGAAGUUAAAAUACAAGUCAAAAGUUUGGAGACACUUUCUUAUUCUCUUGAAUGAAAAAUUGUCUCCUAACUUUUGACUCGGUCUAAAUUUGUUAAUUUAAAAUGCACGUUGGCCUAAUGGUUAGCAUGUUGGCCACAGCCAGGAGAUCUGGUUUUGAAUCUCCAUUUGGGCAUCUCUAUGUGGGGUUUGCAUGUUCUCCUCAUGCAUGCAUGGGUUUUCUCCAGAUACUCUGGUUUCCUCUCACAUUCCACAAAUACGCAUUGGAGGCUCUAAAUUUGUAUAGAAUGUGAGUAUGAAUGAUUGUAUAUAUGUGCCAUACGUUUGCGUGGCGACCAGGCCGGGGUGUACCCCGCCUCUCACCCAAAGUCAGCCGGGAUAGGCUCCAGCAUACCCCCACAACCCUAGUGAGGACAAGUGGCAUAGAAAAUGGAUGGAUGUCCUAAAACGUUAAGAAGGUCAUAGAAAUAAAGUCAAAAGUAAAAAAAAAAAAAAAAUUAAUAUUACAUGAAUAGUUGUUUUACAAUAGUAACAUUAUGAAAAUAAAUGUAAAAAUUACAACAUGUUUUCCCUAAAAGGUCAUUUAAAAAAAUAUGUUAUUCUCGUAAAAUUAAGAUUAUUUUACCAUACAUUUUCUUUAUGAUUUUAAUUUCGUAAUAUUGUGACUGUUUUUUAGAAUAUGUUGUUAUACAUUAGCCUUGUAUCAAUUAUAAUUACUUUCUUCAUACAUGUUCUUUUUGGGUAAUUUUUAAACAGUUAUUUAUUACAGCGUUACAACUUUUUUUUCAUAAUAUAUUUUGACUUUUUCCCUGUAAUAUUCUGAUGUUAUUCCUGUUAAAUUACAUUAUACUCCUAAAAGUUAAGAUUAUUAAUUCUUACGACUUUUUCUCAUGAUGAUUUGGUUUUAAUCUCAUAAUAUAAUGACAUUUAUUGCUGGAAGAUCACAACAUUAGCCUUGUAAAAUUAUUCAUUUUUUCCAUAACAUUAGGACUUUAGUCAUGUGCUUUUAUGGCCUUAUCCUCAUAAUAUUAUGAUGUUAGUCCUGUAAAAUGAUUCACCUCAUAAAAAUUAUGAUUAUUUUCCCAUUAAUUUUUUGCAUAAUACAAAAAUCCCCUAUUCAUCGCGGUAAAUUGGUUCCAGACGUGACCGUGAUAAGUGAAUUCCCGCUAAGUAGCAUUCCUUAUUUAUAAAUGGAAUAUUUUUGUAGUUAGAGCACAGAAAACCUAUUUAUGACCUUCUAAAUACCAGGGACGAGCCAGAUAUCCGUUACGGCUAAUGCAUUUUUGCCGAGUACGAGCAUUAAGCGAGUACAUCUCGUCAUUAUUCGUAAUGCUGAUGAAAGAAAAUCCUCAUUAUGUAUUCACUUUUCACGCUCUGUGAUUGGCCAGUCACACACAGGGACCGCCCCUUCCGAGAUAGAGAUGGAUAUGAACAAACAACAAAAAUUAAUGGGAAAUGCAUUCACAUUUAAUUUGAAUCAAGUGCAAGCAACACUAAAGGUUCAAUUAACAAUGAAUGAAUUUAAUCAAGUCUGUGAUUAAUUCUGACAAAACAUGACUUGAACUUUAAUUUGAUACCUCAUUCACUUCUCUACCCCAAAUAUUAAAGAAGUUAGAGCAAAUUUCAUACCAAGAAAUAGUGCCUUUGUUUCCCAUUUCUUCAACAUUGAGUCAAGACAGAAGUUGUGAUUGACACAUGGACCUUGGCAAGUACAACCGUACUACAAAUAGUAUCUAUUUACAUAUUUUUGAUCAUCAAAAAGCCCGGGGAAGAAAAUCAAGUGUCAUAAUUUUCAUCUCACUAGCAGGGCAGCAGCAUACUGUAUGUAUGUUUCAAUGUAUGGGCAAAAUUAACAUAUUUCACACAAUCUGAUUCUAACAAAAUUUCAUCUGCAGAUAGAUAUUAAAGUUAUAUCCUAGUUAUAUAAAGUUAUGUUCUACAUACCUUUUAUCCUGAAGCCUCGAUCCAUGAGCUUGAAAGGCUUAAAGUUAACUUUCAAAGCACUCGUAUGACUCGAUGUGGUCCAAUACGCAGUAUAAAUUCAGUACAAAGCGUGGUGAUGACAUCACAUGCAGACUGAAUGCACAUGUGCCAGCAUUCAGUGACCUGUACAUGACUUCAUCAACAUGCAUGACUAAUCAACUUACGCCAAAUCAAACUGUUGCACGAGUAAGGUCUUUAUCAUUAAAAGUACAAAAAAAAAAACGCAUCCAUAUAAAGCCUGCCGUGCUUUAAAUCCAAUGCUUUAUUUCCUAGCAUUGAUGCAAUCGAUUGAUUACCUUUUAAACGAUGUUAGAUUAAUAUAUGUCAUCCGGAAACGCAACUUGCUGAACACAGAUUGAUGUAGUUGGAUCAAAGGAAUAUAAGAUAUAUUGAUGUAGUGGGCGAAUCGUUACACCACUAGUGCAUUUCCAUCAUAAUAUUAUGGCAAUUUUUUUUCUUUUCAGUGUGACUCUAAUCCUUCUUUUUAGUGCCAUAAACUCAUUUGAAAAGUCUAUUUUUUUAAUUACAUCAUGUUGGCUGUAUUUUCUUCCUUAUUUUUCCAGUAUUAUAAGUGUUGAUCAUAUUGAUAAAUUCUAUCGACAUUGCAGCCAGCAUUGCUUGAUGCAUAAUGACAGUUGUGCUGUAAAGUUUUAUACUGUAUCUUUUAUGUUUUUAUUUUGUAAUAUAGUGUCUUUUAAAUGUUAUGUGAAAUUAGGAAAUUGCAUCCCAAAUAAUAUAUGAUCCCAUUUGGAAUAAAACUUGAUUCAGUAACUUUUUCACACAGAAAACAGCAGCAUCAAAAGAUGAUUUUCUGUAUAAACUAUCCCUGCACUUACAUGCAACACUGGAAAAAAUGGGUCACUGCUUUUGUCUUACUUCCAGUCUCAUCAGGUUUGAAAUAAAAAAGCUCCCUCCGUC